CUAGCGUUGACGAUGUGCUAAUUCCGUUUCUUACCCAGAUUUCUAAGAUCUUCAGUAAUGCAGGUUGACUGUUCCUUAUCUGAAAUGCUGGGAACUGGAAGCGUAUUGGAUCUUGGAUUUUUUUCCUUCAGAUUUUGGAGUAUAUGCAUAUACAUGAUGAGUUAUUUUCAGACUUUGAACUAUAUAUGCAUAUACAUGAUGAGUUAUCUUGGCAAUGGGACCCAAGUCAAAACAUGAAAUUUACUUACAUUGUAUUUUCAUCUUAUACAUCUAGCCUGAAGGCAUUUUGUAUAAUAUUUUUAGUGCACUUGCAUUUUGACAUCACGUCAGAUCAGCCCAAGGCUGAACUGUGCCAUUUGGAAGAAUGGAAGCAGACGCAUCUGUCGACAUGUUUUCCAAAGUCCUGGAGAACCAGUUGCUUCAGACUACCAAACUAGUGGAAGAACAUUUGGAUUCUGAAAUUCAGAAACUGGAUCAGAUGGACGAGGAUGAAUUGGAACGCCUCAAAGAGAAGAGACUUGAGGCGCUAAGGAAAGCCCAACAGCAGAAACAAGAAUGGCUUUCUAAAGGACAUGGGGAAUAUAGAGAAAUUCCUAGUGAGAGAGACUUUUUUCAAGAAGUCAAGGAGAGCAAAAAAGUGGUUUGCCAUUUCUACAGAGAUUCUACAUUCAGGUGUAAAAUACUAGACAGACAUUUGGUGAUAUUGUCCAAGAAACAUCUUGAGACAAAAUUUUUGAAGCUGAACGUGGAAAAAGCACCUUUCCUUUGUGAGAGACUGCGUAUCAAAGUCAUUCCCACACUGGCACUGGUAAAAGACGGGAAAACACAAGAUUAUGUUGUUGGAUUUACCGACCUAGGAAAUUCAGAUGACUUCACUACGGAAACUCUGGAAUGGAGGCUCGGUUGCUCUGAUAUUCUUAACUACAGUGGAAAUUUAAUGGAGCCACCAUUUCAGAACCAAAAGAAAUUUGGAACAAACUUCACAAAGCUGGAGAAGAAAACUAUCCGAGGAGGAAAGAAAUAUGAUUCAGACUCUGAUGAUGAUUAGAGCUCAAUAAUUCCUUGUAAAUCGUCUUCUUAUUUCUACAAUUACUUCAGGUUUAAAUGUGUUUUCUAAAUUCUGUUGCUUUUGAUCCAUUGAUCAUCAGUACUCAUAUUCUGGAGAUUUAUAUACUCCAACCAUUGAAAAGCAUCUUUACCAUAUUCUCUGUGGCCAUCAUGUUUCAGUUGAGGAAAAUGUCUGAGUUCUUAAAUUAUCUGGGAAGAGUGUGGAUUCUCUAUUUUUGAGGUUGAUUUUAUCACAUAUGUUUCUUACAUCUUUAUACCAUUCACAAUUGUGUUUUUAAUCUACUUAUUAGAAUUAGAAAUUCAGCAGACUAUUUCAGGACUGAUUCUUAAUCAGCGUUAUUUACUUUCUACAACAGGUCAUGUAACAUUUACUGGUGUAACAUUGCACUUGUAAAUGAACUAUGAACACGCUUCACCUUGGGAAUAUUUAAGUAACUAUUAAAGAACUGCUUAUUUAUUCUGGAUGCUUCAUGUUGAUGUUGAAUCAACUGAUGGCAGCAGAACACUAUUUCAGGUUGUGAACAUACUGCCUUAAAGGUCCUCAUUGCCUGUAUUUUAAUCAUGCAUUAAACAGUAAUCAGGAAACACUUGAAAUGGCAACUGAGGAAAUCCACUGACUCUCCUCAAUGAAACAGCCGUAACAGGUAAAAAUUGUUUUUUAAAAAAUGUUUAAGUUUCUGAAAGUUGUCAAAAGUACAAACUGCCAAAAUAUUUAUUCAAGAAAAUCUAAAUCUAGGUUUAAAAGAAAAAAGUCUGUGGCAUUUGAGCCCUGACCUCACUUCCCCUCCCUUCAGAUCCCAGUCUGGGCCUACAGCUUCUCCUUUUGAAGAGUAGAUUAACGUUACUUCUCACUCCCCUCAGCUUCGUGUUACAGAAGCACUUUGCCAAGCAAAAAUAGCCAAGGAGUCUAAAGCUGCUUCCUCUAUCUGGUCCCUGCUUGUAGUUCAGAAGCUGUGACACAGGAAUGGCACAUCAACAAUAUUGGACUCCAAAUGCUUUUGCCCCAGCUUACCCAUAGGGUGGAGGUUCCAUACAAGGUGAGGCAAGCAGAAAAGUCCAGAGACUACCACCCACUUCCCCACUUGCAGGCUGUGGGUGUCGUUUCUGAAAAAGCAGGCUACUAUAUAUCUUCAGCUCUGUAUCAGCAGCACAGCAGUCUAUCAAGUGGGAAUGGCAUGCCGUAAAAACAGCUCCAUAACAUUCACUAAAGGGCCUGACUAUUUAUAUUAGAGUAAUGGAGAAGUUAGAGUAUGAGGGUGCUGCCAAAUACAGUGGGUCGUUGCAGUGGGGUAUGGCGUAAUGGCAGUGAAGAGGAGACGGGUAGCUCCAUGAUUGCAACAGGCAGUGGCAACAAGAAAAGACCAACAAAAAGUUCAACAAAGAAUGACAGAGGCAGAGUCCUAGGGUAGAGUAAGAUUCAAAGAUACUCUACAGGGGCCUGAAUUUCAUUGGAUCAAGCAGUCAACUCCCACCCCCACCCCGAGCAGUGUCAGAUGAAGUAUAGAGGUUAGCUAGCAGAAGUAGUUGCUAACAGCAGGAUGUAAUAACAAUAGAGGCAAACUAUCUAGAACCUUUCCAGGGAGUUUAGGAAGGGAAACAGUGAAGCAGAACCCUCUCCAAAAAGAAAAAAUCCUCCUGUCCUUGGAAUUGGAGGGAGAAGUUAGGGUGAUUAAAUACCCCCAGACCUAAUUGUCUGAGGAAGAACAGCAGAGGCCACACUUUUCAGGGUAAAAGGACUUAGCUGGAACAGUUUAGCCAAGUAACUAAAUAAGCCCAAUUUGGGAAGAAAGAGACACGAAUAGGCAGACCUGCUGUGACAUGUUAUCUAAAAUACCCAGUUUUCAAUAAAAAAUUCAGACAUGCAGAGAAACAAGAAACUGAUCCAUACAUAGAGAACAAGAGGAAGAAACAACCCACAUGUUGGAAGCAGACCUCAAAGUACAAUUUUUUUAUUUUUUUAUUUUUAUUUUUUUAUUUUUUGACAGAGUGGACAGUGAGAGAGAGACAGAGAGAAAGGUCUUCCUUUGCCGUUGGUUCACCCUCCAAUGGCCACCGCGGCCGGCGCACUACACUGAUCCAAAGGCAGGAGCCAGGUGCUUCUCCUGGUCUCCCAUGGGGUGCAGGGCCCAAGUACUUGGGCCAUCCUCCACUGCCCUCCUGGGCCACAGCAGAGAGCUGGCCUAGAAGAGGGGCAACCGGGACAGAAUCCAGUGCCCUGACCAGGACUAGAACCCGGAGUACCGGCACCGCAAGGCGGAGGAUUAGCCUAUUGAGUCACGGUGCCGGCCUCAAAGUGCAAUUACUAACAUGUUGAAACUAAAGGAAAUAAUUGAUGCUGGAUGUGAAAGAAGGUAUGUGACAGUAUUCCAUCAAAUGGAGUAUAUCAGUAAAUUAAGGAAUUAUGAUAAAACUAAGUGGAAAUUCUGGAAUUACAAGGUACAAAAACUGCAAUGAUGAAUUGAGAAGUGCUCAAAAGUAAAUCAGCCUUUAGUAAAAAGAAUCUGGAAAUAAAGAUUAAUCAGUAUGAAUGAGAUAACACAAUCCAAAAAAUACAAGAGAAGAAAAGUAUGAAACAUGAGUUAUCAGGCUGGUGCUGUGGGCUAGCAGGCAAAGCUGACCUAUAAUGCCAGCAUCCCAACUGGGUGAUGGUUCCGGUCCUGGCUGCUCCACUUUCAAUCCAACUUCCUGCUAAUGCACUUGGGAAAACAGCAGAAGAUGGCCCAUGUGCUUGAGCCCCUAGCACCCACAUGGAAGAAUGGGAUGAAGCUCUUGGCUCCUGGCUUUGGCCUGGCCUAGUGCUGGCCAUUGUGGCCACCUGGGUCAUGAACCAGCAGGUGGAAGACUUCUUGGUUUCUCCCCCUCUGAAGCUCUGAUUCUCAAGUAAGUCUUUUUUUAAAAUGAUCUUAAAAAUCAAUUAUAUGUGCUGGUGUUAAAGGAGAAAGAAAAAAAUUAUAAAUACCUGAAAAUCCCAAAUUUGAUGAAAAACAGUAACCCAAGAUCAACAAUUUUAAGAUAAUCGAUCCAUACCCAGAUAGAGUAAAAAAUGAUGAACGGCAAAAAAAAUGUUGAAACAUCAAAAGAAAAAAAACACUCAUCUUGCACAGGACAGAAAAAAAUCUUGAAAACCACAAAAGAAAGAUGAAAUAUAUACAAGAAAAACCCUGUGGAAAUUAACUUCUCAGAAACAAUGGGAGCCCAAAGGCAGAAGAAUAGCAGGAAGAACUGCUCAAAGGAAAAAAAAGCCUUCUCAACUAAGAAUCUUAUUUCUUUUUUUUUCUUUUUUCUUUUUUUUUUUUUUUUUUUUUUUUUGACAGGCAGAGUUAGAGACAGAGAAAGGUCUUCCUUUUUCCGUUGGUUCAUCCCUCAAAUGGCUGCCACAGCAGCUGCACCGAUCCAAAACCAGGAGCCAGGUGCUUCCUCCUGGUCUCCCAUGCGGGUGCAGGGCCCAAGCACUUGGGCCAUCCUCCACUACCCUCCUGGGCCACAGCAGAGAGCUGGACUGAAAGAGGAGCAACCAGGACUAGAAUCUGGGGUGCCGGCACCACAGGUGGAGGAUUAGCCUAGUGAGCCGUGGCACCGGCCAAGAAUCUUAUUUCAACAAAAGUAUUAGAAGUGAGGGCAAAAUGAGGUUAUCUUUUUUUUUUUUUUUUUUUUGGUAAAGACAAGGUGAGCUGAAGUGAGAAUUCCUGUGACGUACAUCUAGAAAAAAAUGUUGCAGGAAAUUUUUUCAGUGUGAAAACAAGACCACACUGACAAAUCCUGCCUCAAAAAAUUAAGUGAAAAUUACACAGAAACGUCUUAAGAUGUUGCAAUUAAUCUAUUUCUCCUUGUUCUAUAAAACAACAUAACUGUGUACAUAUAACAUAGAGAAAUGUGUAUUUGCAAAAAUCAAGUGGGUGGACACCUGUAUUGCAAUAAUGAAUCUACAGGAAGAAAUGCACAGAAUGAGAAAUUAUAAAUAAGACUAGCAAAUGUACUUGCUCUCCCUUCAGGUAUUAUGAAAGACCUUGGAUUAUAAGAAGUGUUAAUGCAUUUAGACUGUGAUGCAGUGAUACACAUGUAUGCAACUGACUAGAAGGAACAGAGCUGUAGAGUAGAUUCUAAUAAGAUCAUUCUUUUGGGUCCUUGGUUCCAAAAUGACAAAUGAAGGAACAAUGGCCAUGCUAAAAGGGGCUGUGGCCACGUGCAGCAAACUGCUCUCACUGUGUGCCGAAGGACAGGGCCAAUAAGAAGUUUGUCAUUUGAAACAGUGGAGGCUGCAGCCAUCAGGGACAUUGCCGCAGCAGUGUUUUCGAUGCCUGUGUGCAUUGAAGCUGUAUGUGAAGUUACAUUAUUGUGUGGGUGGACGCAGUUCACAACCUGGUGGUCAGAAAUCUGUAUCAUGAAGCCUACGAGGACCAGACACCACCACCCCAAUUUAGGCCUGCCGGUGCAGUCCCACAGCCUCCACCAAAGCCCAUGUAAGGAAUGUGAUCUUUAAGGGUUGAAGAAAAAUUAUUCUCUGGAAAAUAAAAGUGGAAAUGUAUGCUUCAUAUCAAAAAAAGAUGUAUAAGGUCUACGUUAACUACUAAAGAAAUAAUUGAAAAAGUACAUACUGAAAAAAAUCAUUAAAAGAAUUAAAAUAUACCAGAAUAUGUUCACUCAUAUAAAAGAAGGCAGAAAUCAACUGGAAAACAGUAAACUGACAAAAACCCAACCAUAUUAAUAGUGACAUUGGACAAUGAAUUAAUCAUAAAGCAAAUGUCACAGUGGGUUUUAAAACCAUGAUCCUGGGGCACAUAUUGUGGCACAGUGGAUUGCACUGCCAGUUUGGACACCUGCAUCCCAGUUCAAGGCCUGGUUCCUAUACUUCUAAUCCAGCUUCCUGCUAGUGCACCUGGGAGACAGCAGAUGAUGGCUGGACUGGAAGAGGAGCAACUGGAUAGAACAGCUGUGCCAAUAUAUGGGAUCCUGGUGCCACAGGCGGAGGAUUAACCAAGUGAACUGUGGUGCCAGCCCCAAAACUGUCUUUUAAAGGAAAAGAAAAGUUUGGGAUAUUCAGGCAAAAAGGUAAGGUCAUUUUUAUGAGGAAGAAAAAUGGGUUAGCCUUGGAAUUUUAUCUACUACACUUUAUGUCAAAAGACAGUAGAGAGAUUGGAUUAAGAUAGCAGAGUAGGGAGGGAGCUUACUGUUCUAGUCUAGGAAAAGAUAAUUUUUAAAAAGUGGAGAGAUUGUAGUCUCAAGGCAGUUAGGGAGAAAACAGUAGAGGAAACUCCAAACAAAUCAGAGGGACACAGUGGACCUACGUGGAGGGUAGGGGUGCACAAAACUCAGACCCCAGCAGCCAAGAGCCUCCACACCAGUGCUGGAGAAUGAGGUGAGCCCAGCCACUGACAAUAAAGCUGUAGGAAGAGCCUGGAGGGAAUCUGGCUUCAAAGUCUGUGGGAGACAGUGUACCUGCCAAACUAAAGGAGAAAAAAGAGGGGUCACAUUUCUCUCUCCCCGAUCACCCUGCAACAGUGUCCCGUAACAAGCCAAUAGAGAGCGGGUGACAUUUUGGACAUACAUAACAGCUGCACCAGCUUGUGUCCACACUCAGCAGCCAGCUGAGUGGAGAUUCCUGAGUCUGGUGGGGAGAACUGACAGGAGGCUGGGUGCUUGUGACUAUGGAAGGCUUGUGUGCCGGGAUUGUGAAAACAUUGAGGCUGUGUGCGAGGGCUCAGAGUGUGGCUGGGACUUUGGGCAGUCACUGGGAAACUGGACAUGCUCAGGGCUCUCUGGUUACCUGGUGAGGGACAUUGCUGGCGAAUCUGUGCUUACA